GGAAAGGGAAAAAACUAAAGCUACAGCAGAGAGGAAAUCAUGUUGUGAAAAAUGUGUGUUUGUGUCGCUUCCAUGCUUUUUAACACAUUUCUGAAUAACUGAGCGUGUUCAUGUGAGGAUUAUCUGUCGCCAGCAGCAACCGCGGUUUGAAUUCAUGGACAAAGACAAGAGCCACGAAACUCAUGCUCCGUGCUCCUGGAUGGAGAUGCAUCAGUUCAUUGGGGAGCUCAUCACAUCUGGAAACACCUCCAAGGAUCAGCCAGAUGUGCUAAACGCAGCCUGGGGCAUGAGUGGAGGUGCUGGAGCGGCUCUGGGGUUCAAAGCCGCUUCGCUCGAGCCUCUACAACAUCCUCCACCUGCGCUGGACAAGACGGAGGCAGAGGCCGGCCGACACACCCAGCCUCGGUCCCCUCAGAGGAAAGGAGAGGCCGGGGACAGAAGAGAAGAUGUGCAUCACGUCUGCACCUGCCCUGGCUGCCCUUACUCCACGUCCCCGCCUUCCUUUGAGACCUUGAAACCAAGACAGUCUCUGUGCUCGAUGGGGAGGUCAGACGCCCGGUGCCACCCCAAAGACCUCAGCGUGUGCCUCCCGGACACCACCGGACAAAGCAGCAGCAGCAGCAUCAGCAGCGGCGCAUUGGAGUUAGGGACCAGGACCUCCGGCCGACUGCAGGGGGAGGACGCAGACAGAGGGGCCCAGAGCCCGGACCAGAACUCAGAGGCUCAUCCACCCAGAGCGUCCUCGAGCUCCUUGUCCAGUCUCUCCGUGUUCCCCUGCCUGUGCUGCCAUCGCAACCUCCAGCCCUGCAGUCAGUCGUCAAGCAGCCAGGACGGCUCGGACUCGCCGCUUUCCCAAACCCACGCCCAUCAUCAUUUUCAUCACCACCACUGCCCUCUGACCUCUUGUUUUCCCUGCCCUCAUCUUGCCCACUCUAGCUCCCAGCAGCUGUCUGGUCCCUUUCCGUGCUUCUCCUGCCAGCGCGCCUUUCCCACCUGCCCUCAGGUCUUCCACCACCAGCAGAGGCCGACUCAGCAGCGGGAGCAGAGAGGCAGGCCGGCCGCCCCGCUGCUGUCACUGCACCCCUGCAUGCACUGCUCUGCCUCCUUCACGCGACCGUCCCAGCUGCUGCAGCACCAGCGCGCCGAGCACGCCCACAAGCCGUCAGGCUUCAUCUGCACGGAAUGCGGCAGGGCCUUCAACUCCCACAGCAACCUGCGCAUCCAUCUCAACGUGCACACCGGAGCCCGGCCCUACACCUGCUCCGACUGUGGGAAGAGUUUUAGCCAAUCAGGGGCUCUGAAGAUCCACAGGCGGAUUCACACAGGGGAGAGGCCGUACUCCUGCGGGUUCUGCGGCAGGGGGUUCCCCCAUCUGGCGGGGGUCCGGGCCCACCAGAGGACCCACACCGGAGAGAAGCCCUACCGCUGCAGCCAGUGUGGGAAAUGUUUCACGCAGUCGGGGGCUUUGAAGAUUCACACCCGCAUCCACACAGGAGAGAGGCCCUUCAUCUGCAGCCUCUGUGGGAAAAGCUUCUCCAACCGCUCUGGGAUCCGCUUCCACUACCGCACAGUCCACGGCCUGGCGUUCGAAAAUGCAGGGGAAGCUGGAGCUGGGGGAGCGCAUCGUGGGGCAGCAGGCCAGGGUUAUCCCAGGACUUCGCCCCCGGCCAGUGUUGGCCAAAAUGCACCCAACAGGGUAGAUAGUGAAUCACAUCCACCUGCCACUUCCAGAGAAGCUGCUGAGUCGACCGCUGCUGAAGCAAGAAACCCAGGCAGUAACAGAGAGCGGCUUCUGUACGCAUGUGAAGACUGUGGCCUGCGUUUUAAAGAUGCCCCGUCCAGGAACAGACACCAGACCCUGGAGCACUACUCCUCUGAGGGGAGAGACGAGGAGGAGGGGGUUGGAGCAGAGGAAAGAGUUAAGCACAAAUGAGAGGGUCCGGGGUAAAGGGGGAGAGUGAAUCAAUGAGAGAUGAUACCACUUUGCGCAUCAGCCUAAAACAAGAAUCUUCGACAGUUACCGUUUCUGUUAUCGAUAUCAGAACAUACCUAAAAUGAAUGUUGUUGGGGCAUCAACAACACCAAAGUUUGUAAAGUUUUUAAGUGUUUAAAAUAUUUGCGUGGAAUAUAUAUAUUCUUGGUAUUGAACUACUUCUUUUUGAGCUAUGUGGAUUUUUUUGUCUGAAUUUUGUCACCCCUUAAAAGUUUUCAAGGAGAGAUUCUGUACACCUAAUAUGCACUUGUUCCUAUUAUCAAAGCAAAAUAGUCUUAAUAGUUCUUCAGCCUUUAGUUGAUCAUUGUUAGAUUUUCUAUUAGUGAGUUAAUCAGGUGUGUGUAGCUUCAUGCUAUAUUGUCGAUGCUGCAGUAACAUACCCACACACCAGGCCAACGUCUGAACUGUUUUCAGUCGUUUUAUUGUGCCUUAUCCAGCAGUGGAAGAAGCUGUAUUCUUCUUUUAUUAGAGCCACAAAAAACAAUCACUAAAUUCCCCAGGAAUUACAACACUUUAGUAACAGUAUCAGAUAUAACGGAGGGCUGUCUCUGCCACCUGGUCUCAUUGUAAUCAGAAAAGUAAUAUUUUUUAAUCUUAAAUAUAUAUCUUAUAUUUUUGUCAUAUCAGUUGAAUUAAAUUGUUAUUUAACUGACCUUUUAUAUCUCAUAUGAAAAUAGCUAAUAUACAACGAAGAGGCCCCACCCUGGCUCCUUUAGUAUUAGUAUAGUUUUUGUUGUUGUGAUGACAGCUCUUGAGUUUGUCCAAGUCUUGCUCUAGGAAACUGCAGUAGUUUAAAUAACAUCUGAAGUCCUCUCUCCCAAUAACGUCGUAACCUUGCCUGUUGUGCCUUUCUGUAUUUAAGCAUAUUUGAAACCAG